AUGGAUGGGCGCUUGUAUCGUUCUUCUUACUUUGAAGAUGCCAAAUUACCAAGCAUUUGUUCUACUCGAAAAACCGAACCUGGGUUCACGCCACUUCCCCGCCUGGUCGAGUUGACUCCGUCGCCAUUUCUUACACCAACAGUUUCAGAUCUUACCAGAAGGCCUCAUCACCAACCUGCCCAACCACGGCCGACCUACAGACGACUACCAUGCCAGGCCGAAUCCAUACGCCAAUACACCGACGAAGGCUCUAGGCUCCCUAGGGCUAGAAGAGUCUUGUCACCCAAUGCAGUCGUUUACCUUGAUACAACGAUGCAAUAUCAAAUAGAAAUUCUGCCCAUCUGGCUGCAUAACUACUACGCCCGAACACAAAAGUCACGGACGUCGAGGGCAGGAUGGAACCUUUCCACACACAGGCUUCUACUGGGAAGACAUAGAACAUGUGUGACUUUGCAUACGGCGCGCUGUGCUUUGUCGGUUUCUCAACAACAGGUUAGAUGA